AUGCAGUAUACGUAUAACACAAAGCUAACAACAUUUGAAUGGCUAGCUUCUGUUGUUGCUGUACACGAGCGCUUCCAUGCAUUUGUGGAACAUGUUCGAGAGAACCGGCCUUUUUGGGUUGACUGGUAUCCUGUCCAGAGCAGAAUUCUGGACGGCUCUGCCGGUGAAUCAAGUCACCCACUUGUUAUGGAUAUUGGUGCCGGAAGCGGGCGCGAUAUGUUGGCCUUCAGCAAGAAGUUCCCCGACGCAGCUGGAAGGGUUAUUAUACAAGGCCUUCCAUCCGUGUUUGAUGAUGUCCAUUACCAUGACCUAGGCUUGAGAAGAUUGGAUACGAUGUCUUCUCUCCUCAGCCGAUCAAAGGUAAGAGCUCGUACUUAUUUCCUUAAAUUUGUCUUACACGAAUUCUCCGAUCAGAAUUGCAUCGAGAAAAAAAACACUAUUCCAGCUAUGGAGAAGGGCCACUCCAAAAUUCUCAUUGGGAAGUACAUUCUCUCAGAUGAGAAUGCGGGCUUGUUCAAUUCAAUGGUGGAUCUCAUUUUGAUGGUCUUUGCCCCUGGUACUCUCCGCACGAAGUAG